CUAUGUACCCAAACCCGACCCAAACUCUCUACCCCGCGGCUCCUCUUGCUUCUCCUCAGCCCCGAGCUGAGAAAAAAUCCCUAUUCUCCACCAAAACCCUAAUUUUUUCGCACAUCAAAGAACCCAACUCAUUAAGUUUUGCUCCUUUUCUCUCUUUUCCCAAUCUUAAGCCGCCUCUUCUAGCCUCCGCCGCCCUUUUUUCUCCUGGAAUUUCGCGAUGGCUAGGUGGGAUGAGAUUUUGACACUCCCAGUGCAGAAUCCACCAACUUCAGAAUUCUCUGCUGCUGACAUCGUUUGGUCUAGGGUGGAAGGCUGGCGAGAAACUAUGGACAGACUUGCACUCAUUCCCUUUUCCAGAGUGAACGAUUUUGUGAGAGGUGAAUCAAACAAUAAGGAUUGUCCAACUAGAUUUCAUGUAGAAGCAAGGAGAAGACGUCCUCGUGAAUCGACGUACAAACCGAAAGUUGAUGGCAUUCUCGAAUAUAUCUUGUACUGGUGUUCCUUUGGCCCAGAUGAUCAUAGAAAAGGUGGUGUAAUUCGUCCGAGCAGAAGCUAUUCUGCAAAGAGGAAAACUCCUGCAGGCCGACCAAAUACAAAGAGAGGUUGUGUGUGCCAUUUCAUUGUGAAACGUUUAAUAGCCGAACCGUCAGUUGCGCUUAUCAUUUAUAAUCAAGAUAAGCAUGUGGACAAGAAAGGACAACCUUGUCAUGGUCCUCAGGAUAAAAAGGCUGCUGGAACCCAAGCAAUGUUUGCUCCAUACAUAUCUGAUGAGUUACGCCUUCAGAUUAUGUCUUUGCUAUAUGUUGGAGUUCCUGUGGAAACCAUAAUGCAGAGGCACACUGAAGCGGUUGAGAAACAAGGGGGGCCAUGUAACCGUGAUGAUCUUCUCAGUCACCGAUAUGUGCGGAGGUUGGAGAGAAAGAUCAGACGUUCCACAUAUGAGUUGGAUUCUGAUGAUGCUGUUAGUAUCUCAUUGUGGAUUGAAAACCAUCGGGAUCAUAUUUUCUUUUAUGAAGAUUUCUCUGAUUCAGAACCUUUUAUUUUGGGCAUUCAAAGCGAGUGGCAACUCCAGCAAUUAAUUAACUUUGGCAACCGUAGUGUUCUGGCUGCUGAUUCAAAGUUUGGUACAAACAAAUUAAAGUACCCUAUCUACAGUCUCCUCGUUUUUGACUCGAAUAACAAUGCAAUUCCCGUUGCCUGGAUCAUGACUCCGAACUUUGCAAGCUGUGAAAUUCAUAGGUGGAUGGGAGCUCUUUACAAUAGGGUUCGUUCAAAAGACCCAACAUGGAAGUUAGGUGGUUUCAUUGUUGAUGAUCCAUUGGCGGAUGUGCUGACAAUCAGGGAGGUCUUUCAAUGCUCUGUCUUGAUAAGCUUUUGGCGUGUUCGUCAUGCUUGGCAUAAAAUUUUGAUGGAGAAAUGUCCGGAAACUGAAAUACGUGCCGAAAUGUCAAGGAGGCUGGGAGAAAUAGUAACCAGGAUCUGCAAAGGAAAAGGUGAUAUUGUGUCUUUUGAGUCUUUCAUGGAAGAUUUUGUUGAUUGCUCAGAUUUCUUGGAUUAUUUUAAGGCUGUAUGGUAUCCCAGAAUAGGGACAUGGACUACUGCCUUGAAGGCCCUCCCACUUGCUAGCACGGAGGUCUCUGCAGCUAUUGAAUGCUACCACACACAACUAAAACCCAGGCUGUUGAAUGAGGAGGAUGCAAGCGUUUACCAACGUGCGGAUUGGCUUGUUGAUAAGCUAGGUACCAAGGUGCAUUCAUAUUACUGGCUAGAUGAGUAUGCUGGCAAAGAAAAUUUUGCCCGAUAUUGGAAAAAUGAGUGGAAAAGUGGCUUGUCAUCUUGGAGGAUGGCGUUGCAGAUUCCUGAUUCAGAUGUUAUUGUGGAUGGAAAAAAUGCGAAAGUUCUUAGCAGUAGAGAUCGAGCGGUGUUUCAUAUUGUACAAAACCCAGGUUCGGAGUUUGCAAUAUGCAGCUGUAGUUGGUCAAGGAUGGGGAAUCUUUGUAAGCAUGUGAUUAAAUCAGCUAGGGUUUAUCGGGAUAAGGGCUUGGCAACAUCAUCUACUAGUCUCUUUGAGUAUAGGAGGAUAUUAAUGAAUAUCCUUCACUGCCCUCCAAAUGAUUCUCUAAUCCGUGAUCAUGCAGUUGCUUUGGCUGUUUCUGUGCAGUCACAGUUAAGUGCGCUGUUUGACAUGAGAAGUGCAGCUUCUAGGAAGCAACAAACAGAUGCUACUGAACCUGGAGUUGGUAACGGCGUCAGUUCGGAUGAUCCCAAUGAAGAUUUGAUGAAUGAGAAGCAGUCAGUUUCAGAAAACCAUGAUGAACUAUUGGAUAGUGAGAAUGCUUUUAUCGCUAGAGAUAAUGAUAUAACAGGCUGUGGCAGUGUAGAAAAUGAUGUUAUGCUGCUUGCUAAGACCGAUGGCAAUGUUACUGUUGGUGACCAUCCAGAGAAGGAUUUAGGGUUAGACUCAGUUGCCUGUGGUGCUUUAAAUACUGGUAUUGGGUCUCAAGAUGAUAUGCCAGUGGAUAAGGAGGCUGCCCAAGUACCAAGCGGCGAUAGAAUUAGUGAUGGUGCUCAUGAGAAUGCUGUCACUGAGAUGAGUAUGGAUAUUGAUCUACCAUUAGUUCAGUGCUCACCGUCAUCAUUAAGAUCUGAAGAUUCUAGUGAUAAGAUUAGUGUUCCGUAUUUUCCAAUUGGAAGGUUGGCGGGUUUGCUGAUUUUUGACUGCAAUAGCGAGCUGACAUGA